CGCACGUGUUGGGUGUCCUGGCAGGGCGCCUUUCCCGAAACUUCUCUCCCACCUCUUAAGCGAGCAGGACCGCGCUGCAGAAGCGGCGACUUCCCCGCAGAGGCAAAAGCGAGCGUUUGCAUCUUGCCGCUGACCGCGCGCUCGCGCCCAAGAGCCUGACUCCGCACUCGUUCCUCUGGCUUUGGGGGUCUCCCCAGAUCGCUGCUUCCGUCCAGCCGCCGGACCCGGGGCCCCUGCAGACUGUGCCCGCCGCUGUAGCUCUGGAGCCAGCGCGGCUCAGCCCGGGGUCGGAUCCAGACCCGCGGGAGGCGGACCCGGAGUCGGGCGUCCCGAACUUCUGGAACACACGGCCCCUCCCGGGGGCGGGACCGCGCGGCCUCGCUCCCCAGGAGCCGGAGCCCCGGGUCCCACAGCUCCUUGUGCACGGCCACUCUGACGCUGGCCGGGUGCACUGCCCGGGCCGCGGUCCACGCGGUACCCAUCGCUGCUUCCCAGCCAUGUCGUCCUGCAGCCGCGUGGCGCUGGUGACCGGGGCCGACAAGGGCAUCGGCUUCGCCAUCACCCGCGAGCUCUGCCGGCGGUUCUCCGGGGACGUGGUGCUCACCGCGCGGGACGAGGCGCGCGGCCGGGCGGCGGUGCAGCUGCUGCAGGCCGAGGGCCUGAGCCCGCGCUUCCACCAGCUGGACAUCGACGACCUGCAGAGCAUCCGCGCUGUGCGCGACUUCCUGCGCAGGGAGUACGGGGGGCUCAACGUGCUGGUCAACAACGCGGGCAUCGCCUUCAAGGUGGAUGACCCAACGCCCUUCGACAUUCAAGCUGAGAUGACGCUGAAGACAAACUUUUUCUCCACUAGAAACGUCUGCACCGAAUUACUGCCCAUUGUGAAGCCACACGGGAGAGUGGUGAACAUCAGCAGUUUGCAGGGCUCCAAAGCUCUUGAAGACUGCAGCGAAUCCCUGCGGGAACGGCUCCAAUGUGACGCACUCACGGAGGGGGACCUGGUGGACCUCAUGAAAAAGUUUGUGGAGGAUGCGAAAAAUGAGAUGCACAGGAGGGAAGGCUGGCCUGACUCGGCUUACGGGGUAUCCAAGCUGGGGCUCACGGUCUUGUCAAGAAUCAUGGCCCGGCGGCUGGAUGAACAGAGAGGGGCCGACAGGAUCCUGCUGAAUGCCUGCUGCCCCAGGUGGGUGAGGACAGACGUGGCCGGGGACGAGGGCUCCAGGGCCUCGGAGCAGGGGGCCGAGACGCCCGUCUACUUGGCCCUCCUCCCCCCAGAUGCUACAGAGCCCCACGGCCAGCUCAUCUGCGAUAAAGUUGUGCAGCACUGGUGAGUGCCUGCUUUGGAGCUAUGCCCUUUCCAUUGGCCGUGUGCAGUAGGCCAUCAGUCCAUGCAAGGCAGGGAAUCCUCCCACACAUGCUGCUUCUUGGCCCUCUGUACCUCCCCUUCUGGAGCUUGACGCCUAAUAAAUGUCAGUGGAAGGAAUAAAUGAAUUCUGAUGCUG